GUCAGGCGGCGGAGGGGAAGGGAGCAGACAGCCGCUCGCGCCACGGAGAAAACCAGUAGCAGCUCCAUUCUCUCUCCGGCCUCGCACACCGGCAGAGCCAUUGAAGAUACGCCCUUCGAGCAGGCAACAUGAGGGAGAUCGUGCACGUCCAGGCCGGCCAAUGCGGCAACCAGAUCGGAGCGAAGUUCUGGGAGGUGAUAUCCGAGGAGCACGGCAUCGACUGCACGGGCACUUACAACGGCACGUCGGACCUGCAGCUGGAGAGGAUUAACGUCUACUACAACGAGGCUUCUGGCGGCAAGUACGUCCCGCGGUCCGUGCUGCUGGACCUGGAGCCCGGCACCAUGGACGCCGUGCGCUCGGGCCGCUACGGCCAGAUCUUCCGGCCCGACAACUUCGUGUUCGGCCAGAGCGGCGCGGGCAACAACUGGGCCAAGGGCCACUACACGGAGGGCGCCGAACUGGUGGACGCAGUGCUGGACGUGGUGCGCAAGGAGGCGGAGGGCUGCGACUGCCUGCAGGGCUUCCAGCUGACGCACUCGCUGGGCGGCGGCACGGGCUCGGGCAUGGGCACGCUGCUCAUCUCCAAGGUCCGCGAGGAGUACCCCGACCGCAUCAUGAACACCUACUCCGUCAUGCCCUCCCCGAAGGUGUCCGACACUGUGGUGGAGCCCUACAACGCCACCCUGUCGGUGCACCAGCUGGUGGAGAACACGGACGAGACGUACUGCAUCGACAACGAGGCGCUCUACGACAUCUGCUUCAGGACCCUGAAGCUGCCCAACCCCUCGUACGGCGACCUCAACCACCUGGUGUCGCUGACCAUGUCCGGGGUCACGACGUGCCUCAGGUUCCCCGGGCAGCUGAACGCAGACCUGCGUAAGCUGGCCGUAAACAUGGUGCCUUUCCCCCGCCUGCACUUCUUCAUGCCGGCCUUCGCCCCGCUGACCGCCCGCGGGAACCAGCAGUACUGCGCCCUCACCGUCGCCGAGCUCACCCAGCAGAUGUUCGACGCCAAGAACAUGAUGGCCGCCUGCGACCCGCGCCACGGCCGCUACCUCACCGUCGCCGCCAUCUUCAGGGGCCGGAUGUCUAUGAAGGAGGUGGACGAACAGAUGAUGAGUGUGCAGAACAAAAACAGCAGUUAUUUUGUUGAGUGGAUCCCUAAUAACGUGAAGACUGCCGUCUGUGAUAUCCCUCCCAAAGGCCUCAAGAUGUCGUCCACUUUCAUCAGCAACACGACGGCCAUCCAGGAGCUGUUCAAGCGAGUCUCCGAGCAGUUCUCCGCGAUGUUCCGUCGCAAGGCGUUCCUCCACUGGUACACGGGGGAGGGGAUGGACGAAAUGGAGUUCACGGAGGCGGAGUCGAACAUGAACGACCUGAUAUCCGAAUACCAGCAGUACCAGGAGGCCACAGCUGAGGAUGACUUUGAGGAAGGUGAAAUGGAUGAAGAGGAUCCUGAAAACUAAAAAAAAGACUUACAUUGUUUUGCACUUGAAUUUACAGGAGGUCAAAGAAGAGAUUAUGAGGAAACAUUAUUUAAAAACCACUGUAAAUGGGUGAAUUACUUGAUUGCGUACCGAAAUUGCACCCUCAAAACGUAAAAAUUUGAACUAUUACAAUCACCAAGUGCCAUUCAGUCUUUGUUUCUUUUGAUAAUGCUUUGCAUUCAGUGCACCGAAAGAAGCUACAUAAAAUGUUUUCUCUGAAAACAUUUUAUGUAGCUUCUUUUUGGUGGACUCAAUGCAAAGCAUUAUCAAAAAAACAAGAUUUUUGGACUAUAUGUUAAACAUCAUAUUGUCAGUUUUCUGAGUUCAUACAUAUUCAUAAGUUAUUCUUAAGUGCUUAGUAAAGAACCCAUUUACGGAGGUUUGAGGAGUAAGUGUCCAGGGAAAUAUAUUCUGCAGUGGCCUUCUGAGUGAUUGAACAUUGAGAUAUUUUACCAGUUUUUUUAGAUAUUUUGUGAAUUUGUAUCAACAUGUAAAUUUUUUGGUUAUAUAGUAAAAUUUUUUUAUAUUUCGCAAUGAGAUGUUUUUUAUUAUUCUUCGUGGUAGUGCAAUGCAAAGUCUUCGAAGUGUGUUUCAAUUUUCCAAGCAACACACACUUCCACCUAAGCCAUAUAUGUAUUUAUAAAAUCGCAUGUUUCUGUCAGCACUUCAAUAUUGCUAAAUGCAUGAAGUGUAACAAAAAAUAUAAAAGUCUGAAAUUUAUUUAGCAAGCUCAUGGUUAAUUACGGCAUAAUGUACACACCCUUCAAAAAAAUUUUUUGAAUGCAGCUUACUGUUUUAUUUAAUGGUGAGACCUCUCGUGAUUGGCUGCCUAUCCAAGAUCCCCUAGCAAGUAUACAUAGUCCAAUCACCUAGCUCUGUUGAUUUCUAAAUCCUGAAUAUGUAUGUUGCAAUGCAGAGGGAAACAUUUGUCCAGCCUCCAGCAGUGCAUUCAUGUUAAGGGGGAUUAGGCCUCACCAUCUUAGAUUUUUCCUUUUUGCUAUAAUUCUAAUUUUGAACUAUGUAUCCCAAUUUUUGUUAUGUCAAGGAUCUCCCAGAAUUACUAUACCUUGAAAGGAUAUAUACCACCCGCUCCGAAAUCUUAAAGAAAAAAGUAUUAUUCCAACCAACAAAAGGGAAUUAUUUGAAAGCAAACUGUGGGCAAAAAGGUUCUAUCGCCAAUCCCCGCUCCUGGCCCCCUGUCCAAAGAAUGAAAUUAUGCAUAAGCUCCUGCUGUUAGGUAUAUCUACUUAAAAAAAAAAAACUUAGAAAAAUGUACAUAUUUUACUUUAAGUAUUUAAAUAUUAUCAAGAUAUGAAAUAACAAAUUGCCUUGGAAGAUUCUUCGCUGCCCAACAGUUUCUUCACUCAUCGUCAUCCUCAUCGUCGUCUUCCCCGCCAUCGGAGCCCAGGUCCACAACUGCCUCUUGGUGUUCCAAGUACUCUUGGACGAGGCUGUUCAUGUUGAACUCCGCCUCCUUGAACUCUGACUCUUCCAUUCCCUCCCCGGUGUACCAAUGGAGGAAGGCUUUGCGGCGGUACAUGGCUGUGAAUUGUUUACCGAAACGACGAAACAGCUCCUGCGAAAGGAACGAGUGAAGCUUUAAGGCUAAGUUUUGCACGCCGUGGUGAUAAUUCUACGUUAUAUUUUGUGUCUCACCAUUAUUUUUUUUUAUUUGCAACAUUAGAAUACACAAAUUUUCUCGUUAUCGAGGUUAGAUGUUGCAAAUCACUGGUGAGUACAGAAUGACUAGCUCACUUUAUAUUUGUUUUGUAAAUUUUUUAUAGGUAGAAUAAGUGUAAUAAAUUGAAUGUAAAAAUUUGCGCAAGUGACUGAUGUGGAAACUUGUGCGACGAUACACUAAUUUUAUUACGUUUAGUGAACAUCCGUCUAAAAUAUUUGUGAGAACAUUGAAUGGAAGGGAGGUAACGUGUUAAGAUAUCAGUUUUAACCCUCAAAUACAUAAUAGUAAUUAUGAUAAAAUAAAUAAAAUUAAAAUGGUGUGUGAUACCUUGUCUCAAGAGUGGACCAGUCACUACAGUAUGUGGCUCUAGUGAACUUUUAUAGCAAAACUAUAUACUGUUCCUUUCAAGUGUUAUGAAACUCCUAGCGGACAUACUAUAUCUGCCAUAUGUGUUUUAAUGUAAUCUACUGAAGGAGUUGAUCUCUCAAAGUGGGGAUUUUUGUACUUCUUUUCCCCAUUUAAAUGAAGUUCCAUGGUUUGAACUUAAAGGAUCUGGAUUUAAAUUUACAUUAUAUCGAACUCAAACAUGCGAAGAAUGUCAUCGUGGUACUUCUCUAAACAAUAUUAAAUCAAUCUGUCAGUUAUGGACUGGUGUUUCGAGGACGCUGCGAAACGCUGCAACGUUACCUGACAAUACUAUAUUGUCGCGGGUUGAAAUUUUGCAGGGUUGUUGAAAUCAAAUUUAGGGACUUUACUGACGGGACUCUGGGCUGGCUGCUCUGUUCACUCGUCAGCGCAAGUGGCGUGACCAUGUAAUUGGGGCACGGGGCCGGCGCGGCGCGCUGCGGGCUUGCAGAAUUUUGUUUGUUUGUUUGGCCGCGCGCUGGCGCAGCCACGGGCCGCAGUUACUGGGGCGCGCUGUCGUAACAAGCCGCGCGGUGUGGCCUGCACAUUGGGGUAGAGGGGGGGUAGUCUUCCCAGAUGUUCUAGUUAGUUGUUUAGUAAAUUUGACUUCAAUAACGAGCUUUUGUUAUGCUAGGCGCGGCAGGGCGCGCGAAUUUAAGCGCAAGUGAUUGGUGACUCGGGGCUCACUCAGGCGGAGGCUAUGCGUCUCACCUGUGGUCACGAGUUGUUAGUUCGUUCGUGAUGUAGGAAUUCAGGCUCACUCAGGCGGAGGCUAUGCGUCUCACCUGUGGUCACGAGUUGUUAGUUCGUUCGUGAUGUAGGAAUUCAAGCUUUCGGGCAGAAGCUAUGGCCGACGCCAGAGGCCACGAGUCGUUUAAUUUAAGUUAGGUCAUAAUGUAGUCAUCUUCAAGCUUUCGGGCGGAGGCAAUGGCCUUCGUCACUAGUCGUUUAGUUAUAAUUUUUAAAAUGUAAUGUUCGUUCGGAUUUUAAGGGCAGGAGAGGCCCCUACGUUAGUUUUAAGUAAUCGAUCAAGAAAGGCUUUUCGGAAAAUGUGAGUAUGGACUUAUCUUUGUUUUAAUUUUAAGUAUUAAUUAUGAUUUGAGGUAUUCGGAAGGACUAGGGAAGUGUUUAGUGAAGUUCUCUCAUUCUCUCUCUUGUAAGGUCGUUCAAUCGUUAAGGAAGUAAAGAGAUUAUUGUUUUAAAUUGUAAUCCCGCUAUUUAAAUGUUCUUUAAAAUGAUGUUGAGUAUUUGACUUUAAGAAUAAAAUAAUUUUAAUUAAGUAUUAUGUUAUUUUGCAAAAUCUCCUUAGUUCAGCUCUCACCAGACAUCCUGUACGGGAUGACGAACCUAUGAUCCUAGGUACAGUAAAGUAUUUUAUGAAGUUAAGACUAGUUGAUGCCAAGCGAGUUGUUUCUAUGUAAAGAGCUACGAUUCUCGCCCCCCCCCCCCCUCUGAAGGUGGAUCGUGACAGAAAUGGUAGAGUUCGCCGGAUAGGUUCUAUUUCUGGAGAGAGAGAGAGGUAGAUUUUUAUGUUUAUUAUUAAGUUAGUUUCAGCUUCUGAUAGCAGGUUAUUAAGAGUUUACUUGAGGAGAGGAUUACGGAAUUUUAGUCUAUAGUGGAGGAAGUCUUUGAGAUUUUUUUUUUGACGUAACAGAUGUUUAUUUGAGGAUACUUGUAAGGAUAAAGUUUAUAGUGAUAAGUUGUUUUAAGUCGUUGAAUUUAUUGUAGAUUUAUAUCGGGGAUUAUUACGUGAGGAGAAUACGUUAUAAGUUAAAUGCUUAUUAGAGAUAAUGCAAGUGGUUUAAUUUAAUUGAAGUUCAUUUUAAGAUUGUAGGUUAAGAGAAUUAUAAUUUAAAAUAAAGUUUUUUGUCGUAAAUAGGAAUUAUUUUCAAGUGAAGUUUGUUUUGUUGUCGUGCGCGUAGGAGACGAGACGUACGAAUUAAAUCAGUCGAGGGAAGGAUAAACGUUAGAAAGGAAUUAAAGAGAAAACGAGAGUUUAUGUAAAAGAGAGUUAUAGAAUUUAUAGUGAUGUUUUGUUUUAAUUAGAAAAAUGUUGAGAGUUGUUUCAGAACGACACGUCAGUGGACGUGGCAGAGUGAACACGUGACGGGGAGGUGCUGAGACCUAGCGGAGAACGGAGGAACCGCAAGCGAGGGUUGGCGCACCUGAUGGAAUUCGGUGACGUCACGGGCUCAUACGGAGACGUGGACAGGCCGUGACCUUGUUUUGAUCAGCUGUACGGUAACUUAGCGAUAAGAAAAUAGACUAUUGGUUAAAUAAAUUUAAAUUUAAGUGUGUUUUAGGAGAAGAGGAACUUUCAGUAUGUAAGUAAUUUAAUUUAAGAAGUGUAUGAUGUAUAGGCUAGAAGUGUUUCGUUGUAAGUUGUUUAUGUUUUUGUUAGUUAAAUUCUACCUCGGUUUUAAAAAUAUUUUUUUGGGAUUUGUAAACAUUAUUAAGGAGGUACACUAUAAAAUCGAUAAGCAUUGAGAAAAGUGGGAAGGAUAGUUUUUGUGUGUAGAGGGAAUUUACUCCAAGGGAACAGAGAGACAAAAUUAAUGUUUUCUUUAGGGCGAGGGACCCUAAGGUGAGGUGUUGUGUCCCUGGGAAGUAGGGAUUGUAGAACAGACCCAUAGGAGAUGGGCUAUCUACGUGAAUUAAGGGUUAGGAGAAUCCUGAGUGUUGUUAGUAGUUUGGGGCAGGAGUUCCCCAUGGUAGUACCGAAGUGGCUAUCCUGUAUGGGAUAGGGUACCAUUUCAAUGAAGUUUGUUGGUGGGGUUAGAGCCCCCUGUGUAGUGGGCCUAUAGCAGAUAGGCACUACAGUGAAAUUUUUGGUUAUUUUGUGAGGUAAAUUCCCUGGAGGUUAAGUAAGAUUGGAUUCAGUUAGGAAGGAGGGAAAUGAGAAACAUUGCUGUAGAGAGUUAGUGUACUUGCCUAAUGUGAAAUUGAAUUUUACUAAAUUAAUUUAGGAGAAAGUUUUGUUCGGUAAAUAAAUAAUAAUGGAAGAUAGCUAGAUAAUUAAUUAAUUUUUUUUGAGUAAGGUGUUUUAAGUAAUGAAAUAAAAUAAGGUGAAGUAAUUUGAAUAAUUGGGGAGGAGUUUCUUUAAGAGUUUAGAUAAUUGUUUUUGAAUUUAUUGAGAUAUUCAGCCAGUGAAGUUUGAGUGUGAGAGAUACAGUGAGAUUUUAAGGAAAUCGGUUGUUUAUUAAUUAGGACAAAUGAGAUUUUAUGAUUAAGAGUCAGUAAGCAUAGUUAAAAUUUACGACAUGAUAUUUGUUGACAGUUUACAGUUAUUAAGGAGAAAACAGAGUAAUCUAUUUAUUUUUAUUUUAAUGGUUUGAAGAUAAGAUUAUGAAUUUUUUUUUGGAAGUUUCUUUGGCAUGUUGGAAUAAUUUUUUUUGAUUUUUAGAAUUUACAGAGAAAAUUUAAUUGAUUUACAUUAGUUUGGAAGUAUGGAGGUUUAGUGUUCGAUUAGCCCUAACUUGAUGGUCGGAUCCCAAAAGAAUGCCGUAAAACCGAUAGCCAAUUGAGAGGAAUGCGGUAGGCGCUUGUGUAGAGAGGGGUUGUGGGAAAACUCCUUGGGACUGAUGGCAGAUCAGGGGCCCUAAAUAGUGUGUGAUGCUGUAAAACCAGUGCAGGGAAAGCCUGGUAUGCUUAAAUUUUUGGGCACAGGUUAUGUAAACCUGGGGUUCCAUGGGAUUUAGUCAUGUUAGCUGCUGUGGGACAUUGAGAUUUCCAGGCUCCAUAGUAAAGUCAAUGUAAAUUUUUGUUUUCUUAAAAUAAUAAAUUUGUUUUUAAUUUAUUUGAGAUAUUUGAUUUGGAACAGUGAAUACAGACCCCGAGGAAUAAGAGUUAUGCUGUGAGAGGAGAAGGUGGUAGGCCUAAAGGGUACAGGCACCACAGAGGUUAUGUGCAUUGCAUAAUUUAAAUAUAAGGAAACUUGAGAAUUUGAAAUUUUGUUGUUGGGUUGGACACCCAUAAGAAGAGUAUAGGCAGAAUUUUUAUUGUUAUGAGAUGUCUAAUUUAAUUGAAAAGAAGAAAGUUUAAAGAUGCAAGGUAACAUUAUUAUUGUAAUAAUUGAAAGAGAUUAAGAGGUAGAGAGAAAUAGGCAGUUUUUGUUUGUAAGUACUAAAGUUUACAUAUAGAAAUUUAGUAACUAAGAAUGAAUAAUAAGUUAAGUCUAGUGUAAAAGUUUUUUUUAAGUUUGUUAAGUUAAGAGUCACAAGUAAAUUUUUUUUUAGAGAGAAUGUCUUUGAUAGGAAGUAUUAGAAACUUAUGGGAAUUUUAGGGUAACAUAAAUAAUGUAGGUAAUGAAUAAUAAAUAGAUGGUAGGUCUUAAGUUAGGAUUAACAUUUGAAGCAGAAUUUAAUUAAGAAGAAGGAAAAUAAAUAGGCCUAAUGAAAAGAACAAAAAAGGAUUUUAUGGUAAAGCAUUUUUUUAAGUAAUAAACAAUGAAUAAUAAUGUUGUUUCAGGGUAAUGUGUACUAAUAAUACAAUUUUUUUUUAGGACCAAAGAACAGGAAUUAUGUAAUUUAAAUUAACAUGUAUUUUUGAAACUGUUACAGAUUCCUUAAGAUGAGCUGAGCAGCAGUCCAGUUUACAAGAUGACAAGAGUUCGAGAGACAAGAUACAAGAUCACUGAAACAAGAGCCAAGACUGAAGAUUCAAGAGAAGAGAAAGCGGGCAGCCAUGGACUUACAAGUGGAGAUUAAUAAGGUCAUGUAAAGUUUUAUUUUUUUUUAUGGAAGACAGUAACUGGAGUUUUUUUUUGUUAUAAACAUUAUUUACAGAACUUUUUAGGUUAUAGUAAUGUAAUGGAACUAGUGAGUUGUGGUAGCUGUCAAAAAGAACUAAUACCUUAAGUUUAAUUUUUAAAGUUAAUUUUCUUAAUUUACAGAGGGAUUAGUAGUUUUUUUUAAAACCUUAUUUAGGUUGGAAUUUAAAUACAAUAGCUUAUUAUAAAUGUGUACGAACAGUUCAAGUUCACAGUACUGAUAGGUAGGUCAGAUGAUCUUAUUGAUUUUGAUGAUUUGUUGUUUUGAGUUGAUUUUUAAGUGUUGUGAAUUAGACAAUGAAAUAGUUCUGAAAACUUAAAUUAUUUCAAGCUAAGAAAUAGUAAAGUUAAUUGUAACUCAAAGGACACCAGAAUUUAAUUUUUUUUUUGAAUUAGUAAUGUUUGAAAAUUUUAUACUUUACAAGAAAGGUUAUAAACAAACAGAUCGGAUGGAACAAGGAUGCAGUAAAUCACAAUUUCAUUUAGAAUUAUUGAUUAGCUUUUGAGGUUAUGAAGUAAAAGUAAUUAUAGUUUAAAAGUUUGAAUAAAAAAAAAUGUUUUUUUUUAUUUGUUUGAAAUAGAAAGUUUAAAAGUUAAUUAGUCAUGAUCUAGGUGGGUGAUGGGGUGGGAAUUGGCCACUCUUUUUCCCUAUAACCUCCCUAACAUGGCCUUCUAUUACAACUAACAGAAAUAAAGAAGAAGAAAAAUGAAGAAUUAUUAGUUAGAAUGUUUCUUUCAUGAAGAUACCUGAUGAACUUUUACUGUUUGGAAGAAUAGAAGCAAGAUUAAUCAGAUGUUUUACUCAGAAGAAGAAGAAGAAGAAGAUAAAGCAGUUUUAUGACUCGACAAGCCAGAGAUUGGUGUUUCCCCUCUGCGCUUCUAUUGACUACGUUGUUUACUCUCAUGGGAUAGCUGGUUCGGCACCAUGGAGAGAGAUUGGUGGGCAUUGUGGUUGCCCCCAGAAGAAAAGAAGAGUAGAAGAGGUUAUGGGUGGGUCAUGUGAACUGACCUUCAACCCAGUUACUUCGUGGGGACUAUUUGCUGUAUAGAGAAGAUCAAGACUCAAGAGUUAGGGAAAAUCAUUGGAGGUCAUGUUUCCCUUCCUUAAGUUUUUCCUAUCAAAUUAUUUGCCUGAUUAGAUUAUGCUAAGGGUGGGAUACUUUAUGUUAGCAGUUGAAUUAAUUAAUUUUAUUUUUUUGUGUGUUUGCAUCCUUGCCCAUCGAUUGCAGUUUAGUAGUUAGUUUUGUAUUUGUCAGGCGUGAUGGUAAUGCCUGUUGAUGAUGUUUCAGAAUUGUAAUCUGUUCGUGAUGAGGAUGGCACAACUCCGAAGCAGAUGUGGGGAGAAGUUGUGAGCUGCCCUGGAAGCCAGUCCAGUAGCUGUUGGAGUUGAGUGGUGUUUGCUGAUGGCCAGCCCAGGGAGCUACUCUUCUCGACAACACUGACUUCGAGGAGUUGCACCAACCUUCACGAGAUAAGAGUUUAAUUAAUUGAAACACUGUAAGGACACUUAAUUUUUUUUGAAGAACGAAAGAAGUAUGGUAAUAAACGGAAACCGAAAAAAAAAAAAUAAUAAUAAUUAUCAAGAAUUUGCACAUUGUUUAACGAAUACUGAGAAACUAAGAACAGUAAUUUAAUUUGUAAAGAGAGCUUCACUAACAGAACAAUUUUUUUAGAAUUGAGAACUCGAGCCUCUGAAGGUUCCUGUGAGAACAAACCAGAUAAAAGUUUUACAUUUAAUUUUAUGAAUACUUGUUGUUUUAAAAUAAAUCUUAUGCAGAAUCUAGAUGUAUGUUCAGACAGCAAGGAACUAAGAAAAUUAUUAUUUUUGUGAAAUGAGGAAUUUAUAGUUAUGGUUUAAUGGAAAAAGACAAUUUGUAAUUUUGAGGUAGCUCGAUGGGGCUCGAGCUCUGUGAGGGGAGGGUUAUGUCGCGGGUUGAAAUUUUGCAGGGUUGUUGAAAUCAAAUUUAGGGACUUUACUGACGGGACUCUGGGCUGGCUGCUCUGUUCACUCGUCAGCGCAAGUGGCGUGACCAUGUAAUUGGGGCACGGGGCCGGCGCGGCGCGCUGCGGGCUUGCAGAAUUUUGUUUGUUUGUUUGGCCGCGCGCUGGCGCAGCCACGGGCCGCAGUUACUGGGGCGCGCUGUCGUAACAAGCCGCGCGGUGUGGCCUGCACAUUGGGGUAGAGGGGGGGUAGUCUUCCCAGAUGUUCUAGUUAGUUGUUUAGUAAAUUUGACUUCAAUAACGAGCUUUUGUUAUGCUAGGCGCGGCAGGGCGCGCGAAUUUAAGCGCAAGUGAUUGGUGACUCGGGGCUCACUCAGGCGGAGGCUAUGCGUCUCACCUGUGGUCACGAGUUGUUAGUUCGUUCGUGAUGUAGGAAUUCAGGCUCACUCAGGCGGAGGCUAUGCGUCUCACCUGUGGUCACGAGUUGUUAGUUCGUUCGUGAUGUAGGAAUUCAAGCUUUCGGGCAGAAGCUAUGGCCGACGCCAGAGGCCACGAGUCGUUUAAUUUAAGUUAGGUCAUAAUGUAGUCAUCUUCAAGCUUUCGGGCGGAGGCAAUGGCCUUCGUCACUAGUCGUUUAGUUAUAAUUUUUAAAAUGUAAUGUUCGUUCGGAUUUUAAGGGCAGGAGAGGCCCCUACGUUAGUUUUAAGUAAUCGAUCAAGAAAGGCUUUUCGGAAAAUGUGAGUAUGGACUUAUCUUUGUUUUAAUUUUAAGUAUUAAUUAUGAUUUGAGGUAUUCGGAAGGACUAGGGAAGUGUUUAGUGAAGUUCUCUCAUUCUCUCUCUUGUAAGGUCGUUCAAUCGUUAAGGAAGUAAAGAGAUUAUUGUUUUAAAUUGUAAUCCCGCUAUUUAAAUGUUCUUUAAAAUGAUGUUGAGUAUUUGACUUUAAGAAUAAAAUAAUUUUAAUUAAG